AUGCAGUCGCUGGAGGAACAACUCGAUGCUCUGUGGGAGGAGAGCCGGGUAAAGCGGCGGGCGAAGGUGGAUGAGCUCAACACGGCGCUCGUGCAGCGCGUGCGUAGCGACGUUGAUGCGACGCUGCAGAAAGUUCGGUCGGUCCUCGCGAGUGAGCAGCCGGAAAUGGAGAGGCAAAUUGACCGGCUACUCCACAUGAUAGACGAGUUGGCUGCAGGUGUUGAAAUGUGGCGACAAAAAGCCAUGAGCUCCAUGGAUUGCAUUGACAAGGAGCAAAAGGCUCUUGGAAGCAUGGUGCAAGAAGUCUCCAUUCGAGCGGCAGCGCGAAAGGAGGACAUGCUGAAGCGGCAGAAGCAGCGCUCAGAGGAAGUGCGUGCUGCAUGCAUGGAACUCUUUAAGGAAGUGGAGUUGAAGUUGUGA